ACAAAAAAAAAUUGGAAAAAAAAAAAAAAGAUUUUCAAUCUCGCCCUUGAAUGUCAAAUAUAAACAAAAUUAACGAAGCCAGAGGCAAAUUACAGAAGCAGUGAAGAAUUCUUGUGAUACCAAAUUUCUCUCAAAUCCCAAGAUAGUACCAGAAAAUAUGAGAUUCAGGAAGGGCAGUAAAGUUGAAGUGCUAAGCAAAAACGAGUUUCCUUCAGGCUCGUGGCGUUCUGCUGAGAUUAUGUCUGGAAGUGGUCACUAUUAUACUGUUAGAUAUGACAAAUUUGAGGGUGGUAGAAAUCAAACUGUUGUGGAGAGAUUGUCGCGUAAGGCAAUUCGGCCUUGUCCAGCUUCUCAUGAGGUGUUAGAGAAUUGGAUUCCUGGCGACGUCGUGGAGGUAUUUAAUGACCGUUCUUGGAAAAUGGCUACAGUUACUGAGGUUUUGGGGAAGAACAACUAUUUGGUCAGGGUACUUGGAUCUUCUGGUGAAUUUAAGGUCAGCAAAUUCGACAUUCGGGCAAGAAGAUCUUGGCAAGAUGAUGAACGGGUUUUGAUGCGCAAGAGGUCUGGCAAUCAUGGUGAUGAUAGCAAAGAAGAUGAGAAGGCAAGCACUAGAUUUUAUGGUCUGAGCUCCCAAAUUCAGAAAUGCCAAAAUGUUCCCAACUUAGAAACCUGGAAAAGGGGAUCGAACUACGAGUAUUCUCAAGCCGAAACAAUGGGUAGAGCUGGCUUGAAAUGUAGAGUGUUGAAGAAAAAGCAAAGGUAUCACAGAUCGGUUGCUGGAAAUCCAUCCGUGUUGCAUGAGCACGUAAAGUCACUUGUUAUCCAAAGAGGUAUGCUGGGGGAACAACUUGGAGGUGCUUCUUUUGAUAGAACCAACGUUUCUGAAACGAAUGGCGAUAGGAAGAAACAAAUGGGUGUGGCUUACCAUUCUUUUGAAGAAAACUUCGAACUAAACGAUGCUGAUAGAGCUACAUGCUCGGUUGGAAGUUGCAGUAUUUCUAACAGUAACAGCCAUGGGUUACCUUGUCGUGUUACUAUUGGCCGCAACGAAGAUACAGAUGGUUCGUCAAGUGAUGCUGAAUCCUUUUGUCAUUUGGGAAAUGAAACAGGCAAUCUUCUUCUAUCCAGAGACAAGCCAUUGGAAGCUAAAAUCCAUGGCUUAGAGUUACAUGCCUAUCGAUGCACGAUGGAGGCGUUAUAUGCUUCGGGUCCUUUAAGUUGGGAAAAAGAAUUAUUGCUUACUGAUCUUCGUCUGUCUCUCCAUAUAUCAAAUGACGAGCAUUUGAUGGAAAUAAAAAAUUUAGUUUCCACAAGCAUUUCAAGUAGAUGACAAGUAAAAUGCAUUUCUCCUCUUCAAGUUUUAAAUUUUUUAUCCGUAGAAUGCAAUAUUGAUUCUUGUGAAGGGUUCCCUCUAAUUGUAAAAAGCAAUAUGAGAAUGUUCUUCUUUUUUUUCUUCCUUACAAUAGGUAGGGGUAUAAUUUUAUAGUGUACAAACAGCUUUAUUGAAUUUGAAUUUAUCUUAGCUCCUGAAAGUGUUGUGUUGUGUUCUUCUUGUUGUUGGAACUCUGAGAAAUUUCUGAUGCAUUUGUUUCUUGUGAAGAUGCAUUGUUUUCAGCAGAAAAAACACAAUAUUCUGUACAUCUUUUGUAUGCAUCAAAACUCUUUACAUGCUUGGUUUCUUGGAUCUACAGAUAUCAAUGUUUCACUGACCCUCUUGACAUUGCCUACUGUCAAUAGUCUUGGUAAGGGUUUCAUGAACAGUAUUAUGAGUCGAGGCGUUUGAUUGUGCCUGGAAAGGGACCGAGCUACCUGCUAGAUAA